GUAAAUUGCAUUCAUAGCCACAUCCCAAACACUCACCUCCCUUGCCUCCUCCCACUCCCCCAAGGAUCAACUUCACUCUCUACUCUCUUCUCACUCUCCAGGGGAUAACUCUCUUGCUUCUCAAGAGAAGAUUUUCUCCAAAUGGAAGAGAUGUAUGUCAACAAGUCUAGCUCAGCACCAAACAACAACUGCUUUCUUGAGGAGCUGUCGCCAACCAUGAUGGAGAAGCAAGGGAUCACUUCUGUUCUUCGUUGCGAUGAUUCGCAAGGUCUAAAGCCUGCUGAAGGGACCUCCUUUCGCAGAACACUCUCGGCUGACAUGUCCUCGAAAACAUGGUUGGCGCAGAAUGGUUUCAAGCAUCCGACCAUGAAGAAAAUUGCUUCCUCGGGCCAGCUUGCCAUCAUCUCAGCCCUUGAUUCUUUGUCCGAAGGAGAAGGCAGAGUUCGUGUGCAGAAGCAAGAUGAUGUUUGGGGCACAAUUAUAUCGCAGAAAAAGAGUGAUGAGGCUGAACUUCCACCUCCUUAUGUUCAUCCUCUUUUGAAGAAAAGUAGCAGCACUUUGAGCGAGAAGAGCCUUGAGAUAUGUACUGAAAACCUAGGAUCUGAGACGGGGUCUGACGGGUUUUCGUCUUAUUCCUCUUCUGAGGCUAACUCGGAGGCGAGUGACUUCGACAAAGAAGAGGAAUCUCGACAUGAAGAUAUCAAGAAUCACUUGGGAGAUGAGUUUCCUGUAGUUGCAAAAUAUAGUUACUCUGGCGCUGCUGAUAAAAAGAUGAUGCAAAAGCACCGAUCUUUCCCUCCUCCGCUUUCUUCACUCGCACGGAGCAACAACGAGGGACCACACGUUCACAUGCAUUCUCAGCGUGUUAAUGGAAGACUAGUCCUGCAAGCGGUGGCUGUUCCAUCGACUAAAAACUUCCAGGCUCAGCGUGAAGAUGGACGUCUUCGCCUUACACUACUAAGCACAACGUCUCCAGAGGAAAAAGAGGAUGAAGAGCAUCCAGUUUUUGAUGAAGUGGUGGAUGCAAAAGGGGAUGAUAAACAAGUGGAGGAAGAUCUAGAGGAAAUGUUUGAGAUAUUUAAAGAGGAUGAGAAUAAUGCACAAAUUGGUGGACAAGUUGAGGAGGACAAAGGAAGUGUGAUGAAACUGGAAAGGCCAAAGAUGAAAAGUGGUACCAUAAAUGUGCACAGGUCAGCUUUGAUGAUGAAAAAACUAGUGGCAAUCGAAAACCAGAAUUCUACAUGGUCUGACAACUUUAACUACAAAACACCAGCCAAGAUGAUAGAGGAUGCCAUGACCAAAGAGCUAACUCUCUUGCCUCAGUCACUCCCUCCGCUACCACGAGCAACGCGGCUCAUGCCUGGCACACAAGCAGGCACAGCCACAGCUGCCUCAUACAAUUCUUACGAAUACUUCUGGCGAGCCAAGCCUGGGACAACAAGCAUAAAGAAUGAACUCCCUCGGCCUGUUACCACAAUUCUAAAGAAACAACUUACUCGACCUGCCACCACAAACCUAAAGAAUCAACUCGCUCACCAUGUGUCUCCACACAGAAACAACAUUACCAAUGGAGUGAUCGGGGUUUUCAAGCCAAAGGGAAUUGAACAGAAAGAGAUUGUGGUGCUGAGGAAUUGCAAGGAAGCAAGGAAGUCACUUUUGUUCUGGGAUGCACAUUGCAUCGCAACAUCCUGAAUCUCCUUAUCACCGCAAUUCUAAUUACCACCACCCAAAACUGUUGAUCCUGCCUAUUUUUAUCUUCUAUAAUUUGAUGAACAAUUAGUUACUAGCUAGAUCUAAUCCUGCUAAGAUUAGUUAACAAGUUUGUGUACCGAGUAAGAAUGAAAUCUGUACUCUGACCAAGGUCCAGAAGAGAUAUUAAGAAAUAAAAUGUUACUACAAUUAUUCUA